CGGCGACUAUUGUGAAGGUGAAGAUGAUUAUAAUCUUAUUAAGGAUGAAUUUCCCAUGGAUGAGAUAGAAAAGUAUGUCAAUUUCGAUACAUUGGAUGUCGAUGUGGAUGAGGAAGGCAAGGUUGUAUGCUUUGCCGAUUUGAGGCAAAAAAUGUCUCCAGUUACAACGGACAAGAGAAUAAUGAAAAGAAUGAUAAAGCAAGGGAUGGGAGAAAUGAUAUCGAACGCUGGUGUGGUGUAUUACCACUACAGUGCCUACGUCAACCUUCAAGAGGAGCCUUUCGAUAACUCUUAUCUCCGUCGGCACCGAAGACCUGAGAGGCUCGUCUUGGGUAAAGGAGAAGUUCUUAUCGGGGUCGAACUAGCACUAAAAACUAUGAAGAAAGGAGAGGUCUCUCAAUUUAUUGUGGAACCUGAGUACGCUUUCGGGAAGCUGGGUGUCCCCCAAGAGUGCCUCCAGGUAAAAAUAAUCAUCAACAAUCUUGUUAAUCAAUUUCCGUUCUGUAAUGUAUAAGUUGUACUUUC